CUGGCCAUCGCUGUUAUAAAUGUUACCGCCAUCUCUGUAGGAUAUGGUUUGUCUUCAGCAUGUGACACCUUGAUAUCCCAGACCUACGGCAGCAAGAACCUGCGGCGCGUGGGGGUCAUCCUGCAGCGUGCCAUCCUCAUCCUCCUGCUGUGCUGCUUCCCCUGCUGCGCCAUCCUCAUCAACAUCGAGCAGCUCCUGCUCCUCGUCCGCCAGGAGGGUGGGGUGCCCCCGGGGCUGGGCCAGCUAACCCAGGUCUACGUGAUGGCCUUCAUCCCGUCGCUUCCCGCAGUUUUUCUGUAUCACUUGGAGACGAGAUACCUACAGAACCAGAUGAUCACGUGGCCCCAAGUGCUGAGCGGCAUCCUUGGCAACGCUGUCAACGUGGUGGCAAACUGCAUCUUUAUCUAUGUGCUGGGCUUGGGCAUCGCGGGCUCAGCUUGGGCCAACACCAUUGCUCAGUAUGCUCAAACGAUUUUCUUGUUCCUGUAUAUUGUAGGCAAGAAGCUGCACGUGGAGACAUGGGGAGGCUGGUCCAUGGAGUGCCUCCUGGACUGGGACAGCUUCACCUCGCUGGCUAUCCCCAGCAUGCUCAUGAUCUGCAUCGAGUGGUGGACCUACGAAAUUGGGAGCUUCUUGAUAGGUCACGUCGGGGAGCUCUCCGCACAGUCCAUCAUCUACGAGGUGUCCGUUGUUGCCUUCAUGAUCCCCCUAGGGCUCGGCACAGCCGCCAGCGUCCAGGUGGGCAACGCGCUCGGCGCCGGGGACGCCGAGACGGCCAAGAGAUCCUCCUCCACCUGCCUGCUCUGCACAGGAGGGUUUUGCAUAGCAGUGGGGGCCAUUUUAGCAGCCACGAAGGAUGUGCUGGGCUAUAUCUUUACCAGUGACAAGGAGAUCAUUGCCUUGGUGGGCUGGGUCAUGCCUGUCUACGUCGUCUUCCACUUAUUUGAAGCCAUGUGUGGCGCCUGCAGCGGGGUGCUCAGGGGCAUCGGCAAGCAGAAGUUCGGCGCCAUCCUCAACGCCAUCGCAUACUACGGCCUGGGCCUGCCCCUGGGAGCCGUGCUCCUCUUCGUGGUCAAGAUUGGCGUCAUGGCGGGAAUGGAUGCCCAGAACGGUGUCGUGCUCAUGGGCGUCACCAGGCUCGAGGGACGAACGGACCAACCGGAGCCCCAGGAAGCAACGGCUGCCUCACCGGCUCCAGGCACCGUCAUUCCCAUGAAAAAGGUGCUCCUCCGCCGGGGGCUGGCGGCGGCUGCUGCUAUCACGGUGCUUGCGCUUGGCAUCGUGGUAAAGCUCAUGACCGGGAAACACUGA